GGUCUGGCAACAGAAGGAAAAGGCCUUCCUCGUUGCCCUUCUAAUGGCGAUCCGACCCAAUCCGAACAAACCCAUCUUCUGUCUCUUCUAAUUCUCCUUCCCUUCUCGAUCCUUCAUUAUCUGCAGUUACUGUGUUGAUUAAAGAAUCUUGAAAAUUGUUAAACGUCAAUGAUUUUGAUUGGGGCCUGCGAUAUCGGAUAUGAAUCUCUCACUUUCAUCUUCCUCUUCUUCUUCACUUCCUUCCGCUUCUGCAUCUUCUUCUUCUUCCUCCCCCUCUUCGUCUUCCACUACUUCAUGGUUCUCCGGCAUAGUUCGCGGCCGUCCCGAUAGGUCUUCGAGCGUGAAAAUGUCUGGCAGCUCUGCCUCUGGCUUUGUUGCUGGGGAUCCCCCUGGUCCUGUUGUGAGGAAGAAUCAUUUUCGUGGGUUGCUCUUCAAGUACGGUCCCAAGCCAAUUCAGGUUGCAUUUAAGACGGGGGAUUACAAGCAGCAAGUCAUAUUCAUUGGUGGAUUGACUGAUGGCUUUAUGGCAACAGAAUACUUGGAACCUCUUGCAAUUGCUUUGGAUAAAGAAAAAUGGUCACUUGUUCAGAUUCUUCUAUCAUCAUCAUACAGUGGAUAUGGUACCUCCAGCUUGCAACAAGAUGCCAAGGAGCUUGAUCAGCUAGUAAGCUAUCUGAUCAAUAAAGAAGACUCCGAGGGUGUCGUGUUACUUGGACAUAGUACUGGCUGUCAGGACAUAGUCUAUUAUAUGCGUACAAAUGCAGCUUGCUCUCGAGCAGUUCGUGGUGCCAUUUUGCAGGCUCCGGUUAGUGAUCGAGAGUAUAGAGCAACUCUUCCUGAAACAGCAGCCAUGAUCGACUUGGCUUCGACUAUGAUAAACGAAGGCAGAGGAUUAGAUCUUAUGCCAAGGGAGGCAGACCCGUCUCCGAUAACCGCCACUCGGUAUUAUUCGCUUUGCUCAUACAUGGGGGAUGAUGACAUGUUCAGCUCCGACCUUAGCGAUGACCAGUUGAGAAUGAGACUUGGGCACAUGGCUAACACACCGUGUCAGGUUAUCUAUUCCAUGGGUGACGAAUAUGUGCCGGAAUACGUGGAUAAGGAGGCAUUGGUUGAUAGAUUGUGCAAAGCAAUGGGAGGUGCAGAGAAAGUUGAGAUUCAACAUGGGAAUCAUUCUCUGUCAAACAGAGUUAAUGAAGCAGUUGAUGCCAUAAUUGACUUCGUGAAAAGGGAGGGUCCUAAGGGGUGGGAUGAUCCAUGGCAUUAGUACUGUUCAUUCUUCUGCUGCGUGCUCCCUUCUUCUCUUCAUUCAUUUCAUUUGAUCAUAUCAGAUUGUGAGGAAGGGUUAUUUAAAUGGGUAUCAGAUCUCUUGUCUAGACUGUGUUAUCUGUGGUAGCUUUCAUUGUUAUUUGCAGACAAAGAGACAGAAAGGGUAUGAUUGUUUGUUCAUUAGAUUUCCUUCAAUUGGAAUUCUUCUUGUGUUCUCCAUAACUUCGUGGUAAUUAUUUACAAGAGUUAGCAUUGAUUUUGAUUAA